UUGAUUUUACCCCAGCCGAAGCGGAUAACAAUGUCUGCAGGGAUAAUGCUGAUAGAUUCGAACCUACUGAUGGUUUACAAAAGAAACAGGGUUCAUGCUCUGACACUGUUCAGGGUGAAAUUCCAGAUGUCGACCAUAUGGUUUCCACUCUAAUUAUCGAACCUGAAAAUGGUUGUGUAUUACCUGCAAACAAAAAUUUCACCGUAACAAUUGAAACUAUCAAUCUUGUCACUGGAUUCUUUGAUGAUCCUGCAACCCAAUAUUACAAGUUUCCUCAAGUCGUAGAUAAAGUAACCAAAAAUAUUUUUGGCCAUUCUCAUAUCACCAUUCAAAAGUUGAACAAUGUAGUUUCUGCUCCAGAUCCAAAACUAUUUGCUUUCUUUAAAGGUCUUAAUGACCCUUUUAAUGGUACUUUCUUUUCUCUAGUAAUUGGUACUAAAGAUGUUGCUGGAUUACCCGCUGGUUUAUAUAGAAUCUGUACUAUGGUUUCUUCAUUUGGCCAUCAACCUACUCUUAUGCCUGUCGCUCAGCGCGGUGGUCAAGAUGAUUGUAUUAGGAUAACACUUGUGGAUAAAAAAGAUAAAAAACGUAAUGCUUUGUAUAAAAAGCGAAAUGCUUAA